AUGAGCCAGCUGGAGAUGCGCAAUUUCGAUACUCCCUACGAUCCAGAGGACACUGAGAUGUCUGCACAAGAACGUCUUCUGUACAACAACAACUACAACAGCAACCACCAGAACCAACCUCUCCCUGAAGAUGAGAACCACUACCAGCUGCCCUAUGCCCACCUUCACCAAAUCCCUUAUUUGCACCAUCAGCAGAUGCUGCAGCAGCAGCAGAGCUCCUACAGUAGUGAUGACCACAGCAGCAUCUACACACCGCGUCACGCCAAUGGCCACGGGCUUCCUUACCCACAGACCACGCUGCAGGACAAGUACAGUGUCGCCUACCCUGUUAGGGAAGACCUGACCAGACGGGGCAAUAAAACCACCGGCUCGGGCAUUGUGUAUCGACCUGGCCGAAGAUUGUUCUGGGUGGCUGCUGUGUUGGCGCUGCUGCUGUUGGUUCUAGCUGGUGCUGUGGUAACCGUGGUCUAUUUCACCGUUCUCAGAAAGGACUCGGAGAUGUCUUCGCCAUCAGAAACCAACUACUUGUCCAAAAACCGCGAUGAUGUUCACCGUGAGAACGAUAUAGAUCACGUCACCAAACAACCUAACUACAACAUUCCCGGCACAUUCACUUCUCCCUACCAGUCUCACCGAUCGUUCAUGCCUGACUCAGGAGAUAUCAAAAUACAGAAAUUUGAUGCGUAUUGGCACCCGGGAGAUUCUCGACUCUUUGUUUCUACCCUCACUAACGGAACCAUCAUCCAAGUAUUUGGACCUAAAAAAAGUGACGGAACUGUCAAAUCAAUGUACGCGCUCAGCAUAACCGAUAUUAGCGGCAUAACUAGAUCUAUACGAUUUCUGGGUCAACGGAAUCUGGCCUCUGUUAUUCUGCCUAAUGGUGUCAUUGUGAACUACGACUGGUCAUCCAACAACAUGGAUAUGGAAAUCAAAGUAUUUGAACCAUACACAGAGCAAACGAAGGGCCCUAUUUCUCACCUGGCUCUGGUGGAGGUGGGUGUACGGUCAUUUCUGUUAAGGCAAAUAUCCAAAGUGAUGGAGGAUCUGGUUUCUCUGCGGCAGGACCCUAUGAGCGGUAGUCGUCGAAGCAACACUAGGUGUUUUUCACGGCUUCCGGUCAUGGUAACCAAGUGUGGUGGUCAGUAUCCGUACGAUGGCGCUUUUGUCCAAGGAGUCAUGACAGGAACCGAGAAGCCGGUCACCAUGGCAGCUUUACCCUGGCCCAAGGAGCACGACCCAUGUUACGAGCAGGAUGCCGGUAUUGUCUCUAAUUAUUACCUACCGGUACCGGGAAUCAUGGACAGCGACAAUGCUACCAUGAUCAAAGAAGCUUACGUGGCCUCAUCGGCACGCCUGUUCACCAAGCUCUGCAACAUCAUCAAUGAUCAGGUGUUCCAAGAACACCACAACCUCUGUUCGGAUUUGGGAGAAAAGGUUCGAAAGAAGCUAGGACGUCACCAGUUGCUGGGUAUCGUCUAUGACAGCUGCAGUGCUAUUCUCAACGCUCUUCACACCGCUUGUGUUGCCAUCUCUGGGAUGGCCUCCGCUGACAACAUGCCGUCUCUUACUGAAAACGGACUUCUACGUAGCUUCACUCGUCGCCUCUCUGAUAGCUUCCAACCUGGCAUUUCCGGUCUGCUUGAUCUCAAAGCACACGCAUUCUGUCCUUCAUCUCUUCCCCUAAGCUCGUAUCAAAGUAUCGUCGAUAUCCAUAACGUUAGAAGCAAUAGUCCCAAUGACGUCAUCAACAUCAACUGCCCUGACUACCCUGAAGUCACUUACGUAGAUCUUGACCACCUGCUCGCUAAGUCCGACGUUCAAACCUCUGCCAGCCACUUUGAUUUGGUCAAACAUAAGAUGCGCGUCUGUUCUAUUUGCGCAUUUCAAAAGUCAGUCACUGCUCAGAUUGUCUCGGACGAGAUGCUGUGUAACAAUACUUGUUUAAAGACAAACGUUCUGGAGCACAUGCCAGACCUCUACAAGCCGGAGGCUAGGGACUUCACCGAGCAGGACAGCGUCUACUGCCACGACUUUCUCACUGGCGUAGAGAACACCAUCGAGCCAUUCGGCCAUCAGUGUUUCGGCAACUGUAUGUCUCACCUGCACGUCAAGUUCCAGAUCAGAGAUCCCGUAGACAACGUCCUCUACUAUGAUCAAACGGUUCAGUGCCCUGAGCUUACGAAUAACUGGUGCAAAAUGAAGUUCGGUAAAUAA